GGGUUUGAGAUUGAAGCUUCUCACAUCGCUAUGCCUCCACGCCCGUUCCCGUUACCCUUCCGCAUAGGCAACGACAUCUGCAGCAUCAAUCGUAUCCACGACAUUCUUAAACCCAACGCCGGUGACUCCACUUCUUCACUCAAAAGCCCGCCACUCAAGCGUUUCAUCUCUAAGCUUUUGACAUGGCCUGAGCGACACUAUUUCUACAAGCGAUUCCCCUACUAUAAAGAUGUCGGAAAUAAUACGCAAAUCCUGAGAAACGUAUCAUACUACCUAGCUGGCAGGUGGGCUGCGAAGGAAGCUGUUCGCAAGGCCUGCGAACACCUAGGCGACUCCAAUGGGUUCCAUUCAAUCGUGAUCCUACCUGUUUCCGUAUCGUCGAAGCAAUCCUUGGGAGCGACGUCCCGUCCACAAGCAUUAGUACUGCGCGAACGCCUUCCUGAGCUAUCGCCGCAGCAGGAGGAUAAGGCGUCGAGUGGUGGAAUGGAAUUUGACGUUGAUUCUCUCGACGGUCAACUUUGCGAAGUGAGCAUAAGUCAUGAUACCACAUACGCUACCGCAGUUGCGCUCGUCCCGGUGGUGGAAGAGUGGCAGUCACUGGCUACAAAGCUGCGAGGCCAGGAUCCGUAAGGCUAGACUUUGCAAAAAGCUUCAGUCUCCAUUCCGUAAUGUCUCUAUUGCAGGGAACAGCUAAAGUAUGCUCACGCGAGCUGCAAGCUGGAGCAGCAUCCGCUAUCGGGUUCAGAACCAUACACCUCUUCACACGUACUGCAUUAUAGUAAAUCGUAUACCUGCAUCAAUGACCAGGUUCACGAAAAUAUGGUCAGA